AGGCAAGUGUAACGCGUCAAGGUGUAUUGUGUUGAGUUGUUGUGACGAGAGAGAGAGAGAGAGAGAGAGAGAGAGAAGUAGAGAGAGUAGAAUGGGGGGGCAAGAAGAGGAUCCACAGAGGCUGAAGAGGAUUGCGGCGGCGGCGUACGACUACGAUAACGAUUCAAGAUGGCCGGAGUACUGGUCCAACAUCCUCAUCCCUCCUCACAUGGCAUCACGCUCUGAUGUCAUCGACCACUACAAGCGCAAGUUCUAUCAGCGUUACAUCGAUCCUGAUCUUGUUGUCGAGGCAAUGGCUUCAAGCAGUUCUUCCCAGUCGGCAAGACCUACACCAACGCCAUCAUCAUCUUCAACUCCAAAUGAACAAGUGCGAUCACGUAACUCAGGAUCAACUACUAGAACAUCAUCAACGACUGCAGCUUCAACUCCAACUUCUCUGCGUUGGGAUCGACAAACCAUUCAAUUUUCUAUCAAUGCCUGGGUAUUCAUUGUGGCUGUGCUUGCAAUAAUUCCUCUUGUACCUAGAAAUCUUUCAAAUAGAGCAUACCGGCUUUCCUUUAUGGGCACUGCAUGUUCUUCUCUGUUUUCCUUGUACUCUCUAUAUGGGAAACCUAGGGCAUGGAAUUUGCAGGCCGUGCAAGUGUGGUUCCAGUCUGUGAUUGCGACCAAGGAUUUUGUUUACUUCAUAUACUGCCUUACCUUUGUCACCUCAAAUCUUUACCUCAAAUUUGCCUUAAUUCCCAUUUUGUGCCGAGCGCUGGAGUAUGUGGCCAAGUUUCUGAGACGUAAUUUCACCCGUUCCUCCUUGUACAGGAAGUACUUGGAAGAGGCAUGUGUGUGGGUAGAAUCAAACACGACUACACUCAGCAUUCUUUCUUCACAGGCUGAGAUCGGACUUGGAUUUCUUCUAAUCCUUUCUCUGUUCUCGUGGCAGCGCAACAUAAUACAAACAUUCAUGUACUGGCAGCUAUUAAAGCUCAUGUAUCAUGCUCCCGUGACUGCUGGUUACCAUCAAAGCGUGUGGGCUAAGAUUGGGAGGACUGUUAAUCCACUGGUUCACCGCUAUGCACCAUUCUUGAACACUCCAAUGUCUGCUGUCCAGAGAUGGUGGUUCAGGUAAACAAACCUCAGAGAUGAACACGAAGAACAAAUAUCUAAUGGCAUCAAUGCAAGAUUUACCCAAGUUUUGUUUUUUAAUGGAAAAAUAUACUGGUUUAUAUGACCUAGGACUUGUCUUGACUGGAAUUGGUUGAUUAGAACUAUGCUAAAAUAAUCUCACACAUACGGACAGGUCAAUUGAAGAGGUUUCUUUUCUUUUUCACUGUACUGUCAUUUGACAUUGAAUCAGCAGGAGAAAUGUAUGGAUUGAAAGGUUUGGGCCAUAGUGGUAUUCGAACACUGAAUGGUUCUUGGAGGUUUGUUCCAGUAAUGAGCAAUGUAUGUAGAGCAUUGAUGGGUUUGAUGAUCA